UAUUAUCUGUGAAAAAAAAAACUGUACUUGACAUUUGAUUUGUAAAUCUAUGGUUCUCUGAAACGUCAAAUAGUUCUUUCGUGAAAAUUGUAAUCAUGGCGCGAGUACCACCACCCGCGAAAAAGGAGAAGAAAGAGAAGAAGGUUCCUAAAGACAGUUCCAAAAAUGUUAUGAGGAAUCUUCACAUCAGGAAACUCUGCCUGAACAUUUGUGUCGGAGAAUCUGGUGACAGGCUGACUCGUGCUGCUAAGGUGUUGGAGCAGCUUACUGGCCAACAGCCCGUCUUCUCUAAGGCUCGUUACACUGUGCGAUCCUUUGGUAUUCGUCGUAAUGAAAAGAUCGCAGUCCAUUGCACCGUCCGAGGUGCUAAGGCUGAAGAAAUCCUUGAGAGGGGUCUGAAAGUACGAGAAUACGAGUUGAGGCGUGACAACUUCUCAGCCACAGGAAACUUCGGUUUCGGUAUCCAGGAACACAUUGACUUGGGUAUCAAAUAUGACCCCUCCAUUGGUAUCUAUGGUCUGGACUUCUACGUUGUACUUGGCCGCCCAGGUUUCAACGUUGCCCACAGAAGACGUAAGACUGGCAAGGUGGGAUUCCCACACCGUUUGACAAAGGAAGAUGCCAUGAAGUGGUUCCAACAGAAAUACGAUGGUAUCAUUCUUAACAGCAAAAAGUAAACUAAGUAAAAACAAUUUUUAAAAUUA